GGACUUAGGUCGUCGGGCGGCUGCUCCGAGGUCCGAGGCCGGCCCUCGCCUUCGGCGCUCGGCUCGGAGGAUGGAUCCCGGGCCUGGGAACGACUCGGUGCCGCUGACCGGCUUGGCCUGGUCAUCGGCCUCGGCGCCUCCGCCGCGAGGAUUCAGCUCGAUCUCUUGCACCGUCGAGGGGGCGCCUGCCAGCUUCGGCAAGAGCUUCGCCCAGAAAUCUGGCUACUUCCUGUGCCUCAGCUCCCUGGGCAGCCUCGAGAACCCGCAGGAGAACGUGGUGGCCGAAAUCCAGGUCCUGGUGGACAAAAGCCCCCUCCCGCCCGGCUUUUCCCCGGUCUGCGACCCCCAGGACUCCAGGGCCCCCGUGUCCAAGAAGAAACGAAUGUGUGUGAAGCUGGUACCCCUGGGGGCUGCGGACACGGCUGUAUUUGACGUCCGGCUGAGCGGGAAGACCAAGACGGUGCCUGGAUACCUGCGAGUAGGGGAUAUGGGUGGCUUCGCCAUCUGGUGCAAGAAGGCCAAGGCCCCGCGGCCAGUGCCCAAGCCCCGCGGGCUCAGCCGGGACAUGCGGGGCCUCUCCUUGGACCCUCCGGGCCAGCCCAGCAAGGGCAGCUUCCCGGAGCGGACGCUAUCACGGCUAGGCUCACGGGCGUCUACCCUGCGGAGGAGCGAUUCCAUCUAUGAGGCCUCCAGCCUCUACGGCAUCUCAGCCAUGGACGGGGUUCCCUUCACGCUGCACCCCAGAUUCGAGGGCAAGAGCUGCGGCCCCCUGGCCUUCUCUGCCUUUGCUGACCUGACCAUCAAGUCACUGGCGGACAUCGAGGAGGAGUACAACUAUGGCUUUGUGGUGGAGAAGACAGCAGCUGCCCGCCUGCCCCCCAGCGUCUCGUAGCCCCUCACCUGCCUGGGAGCCCCUGGCUGUCCCUGCAGCCAGCGCCCCCAGCCUGGGCCAUGGAGCCAUCUCCUCUGCUCCCGCUCUGUCAUGGGAACCUCGGUGUCUCAGAGCUCAGAGAGCCCCGUCGUCAACCCAGCCCUGGAGGAGGGGGUGGGGCGAAGCUACUGGGGGAGAGGGGGUCUUCUGUCCUUGAGCCCCCGUGGGCAGGGGUGGGGUUGGACAGAAACCAGUGCCUUUGAGUCAUUUGUGUCAAACUCUACGGUGCCCGGGGAGGAGGAGUGUCCUC